GGCGUCAGAGUUGCGGGUCUCCGUCGCCCGAAGCGGCGCUGGCGGCUCCUGGACUCUCCUUCCCAUUUCCUUUCAUUUCCCCUGUCCGCUCAGGGUGCUUUCCUUGAUGCUACUUUUUACAAAGAUCAACUUUUCCCCAGAAUCAGCAAACUCCCAACGCUUCAGCCAAGAUUGAUUGUUAUGGGUCAUAUGUUCAUAAGUUAAAUACAGCACACUCAAGCUGCCGAAAAAGGGAAUGAAUAUUUUCUCUUGACAGUUCUAAUGUUACGUGGCUAAAGCCAGGUUGGCUUGAGCAGAAAAGUGAGAGAACAAUGCUCUUUAACCGGUGUCAGCAUCUGAAACAGAUAACUCAGAGAUGCUUUUUUAGGGCACAGGGGAAACCACAUCAACGUGGACACCUAAUGCUUUCAAGAACAUUUGCACUUGCGGAACUAAGAAAGUCAUGGCGUUCAAUCUACUCCCUUGUUGGAGACAAAAAUAUUAUCCUGAUGGGACCUCCUGGUGCUGGCAAGACAACAGUAGGCAGAAUAAUAGGUCAGAAACUCGGCUGUUGUGUCAUAGAUGUGGAUGAUGAUAUCCUUGAAAAAACCUGGAACAUGAGUGUGUCUGAAAAAUUACAGGAUGUUGGCAAUGAACAAUUUUUAGAAGAGGAAGGAAAGGCUGUGUUAAACUUUUCUGCAUCUGGAAGUGUGAUUUCCCUCACUGGGUCGAAUCCAAUGCACGAAGCCAGCAUGUGGCAUCUGAAGAAGAACGGGAUCGUGGUAUACUUGGACGUACCUCUGAUCGAUAUAAUUGAGCGUCUACAAUCAAUGAAGCUGAACAGAAUUGUGGGUCAGAAUUUUGGAACACCUAUGAAAGACUUACUUACCUCUAGAAGACAGUACUAUAAAAAGUGGUUUGAUAUGCGUGUGUUUUGUGAACGUGGGGCUUCUCCGGAAGAGGUGGCUGACAAGGUGCUGAAAGCGGUUCAAAGGUACCAAGCUGUGGAUUCAGAAACAUUCAUUUCCACAAGGUACAAUUGGCCUAAAGACUAUAAACAGAAGAACUCAACAAAAUGCUUUAGUGAAGCUGUGACUGAAGGGUUAGCUUCUGAUGGUGGGCUCUUUGUUCCCGAGAAGGAGUUUCCAAAAUUAAGCUCUGCGGAGUGGAAAGGCCUCCUAGGAGCAACGUAUGUCGAAAGAGCACAAAUACUCUUGGAAAAGUGCAUCCAUCCUGCUGAUGUACCUGCUGCCAGACUGGGAGAAAUGAUUGAAGCUGCUUAUGGAAAAAACUUUGCCUGCUCCAAAGUUGCCCCCGUCAGGCACCUCUCAGGCAACCAGUUCAUCCUGGAGUUGUUUCAUGGACCAACAGGAUCAUUCAAAGACUUGUCUCUACAGCUUAUGCCUCAUCUCUUUGCACACUGUAUUCCACCGAACUGCAAUUACAUGGUACUUGUAGCUACUUCCGGAGACACAGGCAGCGCGGUGCUAAAUGGCUUCAGUCAUCUGAGUAACGGUGACAAGAAAAAAAUAGCCGUGACCACAUUUUUUCCUGAGAAUGGAGUAAGUGAUUUUCAAAAGGCGCAAAUAGUUGGCAGUCAGAGAGAAAAUGGAUGGGCAGUGGGUGUUAAGUCGGAUUUUGAUUUUUGUCAAAGAGCCGUGAAAAAUAUGUUUAAAGAUUGCGACUUUACUGGCUUUCUUGUUGUUGAAUAUGGAACCAUCUUAAGUUCAGCUAAUUCCAUAAACUGGGGCCGGCUGCUUCCCCAGGUCAUUUAUCAUGCUUCUGCAUAUCUUGAUCUCGUUAGCCAAGGAUUUAUUUCUUUUGGAAGCCCUGUCGAUGUCUGUAUUCCCACAGGAAACUUUGGGAACGUGCUUGCUGCAGUGUAUGCCAAGAUGAUGGGGAUCCCUAUUCGGAAAUUUAUUUGCGCUUCUAAUCAGAACCAUGUUUUGACAGACUUUAUAAAAACAGGACAUUAUGAUCUAAGGGAAAAGAAAAUAGCGCAAACCUUUUCACCAGCAAUAGAUAUUCUCAAGUCUUCAAACCUAGAGCGGCAUUUACACAUGAUGGCGAAUAAAGAUGGACAACUGAUGACAAAAUUAUUUAAUCAGCUAGACACUCAGAACCACUUUCAGAUAGAAAAGCUUCUUGUUGAAAAGCUUCAGCAGGAUUUUGUAGCUGACUGGUGCUCUGAGGAAGACUGUCUAGCAGCGAUUCACUCCACCUAUAACGCUUUAGGGUAUAUCCUAGACCCACACACUGCUGUUGCCAAAGUGGUUGCAGAUCGAAUGCAAGACAAAACUUGCCCUGUGAUUGUCUCCUCAACAGCUCAUUACUCUAAGUUUGCACCUGCUAUCAUGCAGGCUCUAAAGAUUAAAGAACUCAACCAAACUUCAUCAAGUCAGCUUUAUUUACUGAGUUCAUACAAUGCAUUACCUCCACCACAUGGGGCUUUACUGGAGACAACAAAACAAAAACAACACGAGAAGAUGGAGUAUCAGGUCUGCACAGCUGAUUUGAAUGUCCUGAAGGGUCAAGUGGAAAAACUAAUACAAAGUCAGUUCCUGUGAAGGUUUCUGACCCACUCCCACCCCCUGCCCGAUGCUAAGCUUGCAAUAAUAAAUAUCUCGAAUGUUCA